AUGAGCGACACUCUGAAAAUUGAUGGUCACACUGAAGAAGCCAAGAAGUUGAGAAUGUUCCCGUUUACCUUAGCGGAAGAAGAUGAAGAAUGGUUUUAUUCUUUACCUGCCGAGAGCAUCACAACUUGGGAAGAAAUGGAAAAAGUCUUCCUGAAUGAGUAUUUUCCAGCAUCGGUAUUUCUGCGGAAGAGGUAUGAAAUUUUGAAUUUUAAGCAGAAGGACGGGGAAACUUUGGGAGACGCCUACAAGAGAUUCAAGAUAAUCAUGGUAGCCUGCCCUACUCAUAAUAUGAACGCAACUGAACAAAUGCAGAUGUUCGUGAAUGGUCUUAAAGUAAAGACCAAACAACUGAUUGAUACUGCAGCCGGUGAUUCCACAAAUUUUUCAACAACCACCGGUAUCAAGAAGAUCAUUGAAGCUAUUACUACUAAUAAGCACAUGGAGUUGUACGAUAGGUGUCAAAGAAAACCAGAAGGGGUUAUAGAUUUAAAGCUGGAAACUAAUAAAAUUCAUAUUGAAGAUACUAUAGUUGCUGAAGUUGAUAAGAAGCUGAAGGCGAUGAAUAUAGGCACCCAACCGAAGGCGCAGGUUGGAAAAAUCAUCCAAACUUCUCAUGGAAAGACCAAAAAGGAACCUCUCCUCAACAUGGUCAGUACCAAACUCAAUAUCAACAACAACAGCAGCAACAUGCCCCCUAAAAAAGCUGAUUGGGAAAUUGUGAUUGAAAGAAUGGCUUCCCAUUAUGUUCAAUUUCAAGAAGAAACCCGGAAAAAUCAGAAAAACACCACGGCAUCUAUAAAGAAUCUUGAAGUCCAAAUAGGGCAAAUCGCUCAGCAACUAGCUUCUAGUUCUUAA